CCCUAACUAGUUCACGUUUUCCACCUUGGCGGCCAUAUUGGCAGAAUAGCUGGGGUCUUUCAGAAGCCGGCACGAUGCUUUCUGCAAAGAUUACAACAUCACUGGCCAGGCACUUGCCACGGACACUAUCUCAGGCCACAAAGAAUGUUUUAGCAGCUGGCCUGGUUUCAUCAAGACACAGUAUUUGCACAACACACAAAAAAUGUGCUACAGGUGGUUCCACGGAAGUCUCCUCUUUGCUGGAAGAUCGCAUCAUGGGCCAGUCCACCAUGGCCAAUGUAGAGGAGACUGGACGAGUCUUGUCCAUUGGUGACGGUAUUGCCCGUGUUUAUGGAUUGAAACAAUGUCAGGCAGAAGAAAUGGUGGAGUUUUCUUGUGGUCUAAAGGGCAUGUCCUUGAACUUGGAGCCAGACAAUGUAGGUGUUGUGGUGUUUGGUAAUGACAGAUAUAUCAAAGAAGGAGAUGUGGUGAAAAGAACUGGGGCUAUUGUGGAUGUUCCCAUUGGAGAAGAACUUCUAGGCAGAGUAGUCGAUGCUUUGGGCAAUAGUAUCGAUGGAAAGGGUCCAAUUCAAUCUAAGAAGCGUGCCAGAGUGGGUCUAAAAGCCCCUGGUAUCAUUCCCCGUACCUCUGUCAAGGAGCCCAUGCAGACUGGAAUCAAAGCUGUUGACAGUCUGGUGCCAAUUGGGCGUGGUCAGCGUGAACUGAUUAUUGGUGACAGACAGACGGGGAAAACUGCCAUUGCUAUUGAUACAAUCAUCAACCAGAAGCGCUUCAAUGAGGGCAGCAAUGAAAAGAACAAACUGUACUGUAUCUAUGUUGCUAUCGGCCAGAAGAGAUCCACUGUUGCACAGCUAGUUAAGAGGCUUACUGAUGCAGAUGCCAUGAAGUACACCAUUGUGGUCAGUGCCACUGCCUCUGAUGCUGCUCCACUGCAAUACCUGGCCCCAUACUCUGGAUGUGCUAUGGGAGAGUACUUCAGGGAUAAUGGCAAACAUGCCUUGAUCAUCUAUGAUGAUUUGUCAAAGCAGGCUGUUGCCUACCGUCAGAUGUCUCUGCUUUUGCGUCGUCCUCCAGGACGUGAGGCUUACCCAGGAGAUGUGUUUUACCUGCAUUCACGUCUGUUGGAGAGAGCUGCUAAGAUGAAUGACAACUUUGGUGGUGGCUCUCUGACUGCAUUACCAGUUAUUGAGACCCAGGCUGGUGAUGUGUCUGCUUACAUCCCAACCAAUGUGAUUUCCAUUACUGACGGGCAGAUUUUCUUGGAGAAUGAGCUGUUCUACAAGGGUAUUCGCCCUGCCAUUAAUGUGGGUCUGUCUGUAAGUCGUGUAGGCUCUGCAGCCCAGACCAAGGCCAUGAAACAGGUGGCUGGUAGGAUGAAGCUGGAAUUGGCCCAGUACCGUGAGGUUGCAGCCUUUGCUCAGUUUGGUUCUGAUUUAGACCAGUCUACACAGAACUUGUUGAAUAGAGGUGUGAGGUUGACAGAAUUGUUGAAACAGGGACAAUAUGUGCCCAUGGCCAUCGAAGAGCAGGUAGCAGUCAUCUAUGCUGGUGUGAGAGGACAUCUUGAUAAAAUGGAUCCAUCUAGAAUCACGGCCUUUGAGGAGGAAUUCCUUGCUCACAUUCGUGCCACACAGAAAGAGCUCCUAACUGUCAUUAAAAAUGAAGGCCGAAUCACUGAUGCCACAGAUGCAAAGUUAAAAGAUGUAGUCACAAGUUUCCUAGCAGGGUUUAAGUAGUAAAAUAUAUUGAACUAUAUGUUUAUUGAUUUGCUUUAAUAGAAAAUUGGAAAAGUACAAGUUUGAGAGGGAAAACAAUACAGAUGUGAUGUACCAUUGGUUUGAGUGAUCUUGCUUUGCACAAACAUGGAUAUAAAAUUCACAAAUCCACAAAACUUGGAAAUAAAAACUAUUUAGACUCUGCAUAGAAGAAAUCUUUGACAAGUGGGCAAAGCUCUACAUUAGUAUAAGUGUGGUCCAGUUGUAUGUUACAAAAAUGAUGUGCCGUUCUUAAUAAAAUUGUUAACCAACACAAUAAGCUGGUGCUCAAUUCUUUUGAGAUAUUUUCCUGCAGAAAAUAGUAUUGUCAACAGUUGCCAAUGUAUAUAUUUAGGAUUGGAGACGGUCAAAUGUGGAAAAUACUGCAGUUGGGCAUCAGUCUGUUGGAAAUGGUAUUGAAGAGAAUAAAAUGAAGUUUAAAAAAUG